AUGUCAUUAUCCUCAUCAAUGUCUUAUUCAUCUUUUGCCACACGUACCACGGCUCAACCAUUGUGCUGCUGUGGGGUCAAAGCCACACUUAAAUACUCAACUACAGCAAAAAAUCCUGGCCAGCCAUUCUUAGGGUGUCCAAAGUACAACACAGAGUUUUUCCAGUGGGCAAAUAGUAAUCAAGUGACUGAGCUCCAGCUCCAAGAAAGAAUCAUGCUCUUGUUACAAAGGGAGAAAGAUCUAGAGAAAAUAGUCCAUCUUCUCGAGAAAAGGGAGAUCGACCUGCAGAAGAUAGUGGAUCAACUUGAGAAGGAGUUGGUGCGUCACACAGAAGAUGGAGAUAUUCAGAGGGAGCGGAAACUGAGUUCUUCACUUUUUAGUGGUUUUGCAUUAGUGGUAGUAUUAAUUUGUAUUGGACGUUUGAUGCUCUUGUAUUAG